AGGAGGGGAGGAAGGAGGUGGGUCCUGUGACGUCAGUCAAGGGCCAGGGUCGCUGAGCUGGAGAACCGGACCUCGACAGCAGAGCCGAGAAAGCAGAGCGCCGCGGGAACCGGCCGGGAGCCGAAGCCACUCAGGCACCUACUCGUCUGCCCAGUCGAUUGACGCACGCAGAGUGGCCCUCAGGCCCCUGCCCGGGCCCAGUCCCUCCCCGGGCCCCCCAUGGCCCGGGCCACAGCCCUCCGGCCGUUGAGAUUGUCGCCUCCGACGCUGCCGCUACUGCCGUUGCUGCUGCUCCUGCUCCGGGAAACCGGAGCCCAGGAUGUGCGAGUUCAGGUCGCCGCUGAGGUGCGGGGCAACCUGGGGGACACGGUAGAGCUGCCCUGCCACCUGCUGCCUUCAGCGCCUGAAAUCCGAGUGUCCCAGGUGACGUGGCUGCGCCUGGACGCUCCCGAAGGCAAACAGAACGUGGCCAUCUUCCACCCCCAGUAUGGUCGCAGCUUCCCCAGCCCGAAGCCCGGCAAGGAGCGGCUGUCCUUCGUCAAUACCGCGCCGAGCGCGGGGGCCGGGCAAGGCACGGAGCUGGAGGUGCGGGACGCCACGCUGUCCCUCCGGGGGCUGACGGUGGAGGACGAGGGCAACUACACUUGCGAGUUUGCCACCUUCCCCAAGGGCACCAGCCGGGGAGUCACCUGGCUCAGAGUCAUAGCCCAGCCCCAGAACCAUGUCGAGAAACAGGAGGUCACAUUCAAUCUGGAUCCUGUACCCGUGGCCCGCUGUGUUUCCGCAGGCGGCCGACCACCUGCCCGGGUCUCCUGGCUCUCACCCUUGGAUGGGGAGGCCAAAGAGACCCAGGGGUCGGGGCCCCUGCCUGGCACGGUCACCGUCACUAGCCGCUACACUGUGACACCCCUGAGCGAAGCAGAUGGGGUCAAGGUCAUCUGCAAAGUGGAGCACGAGAGCUUCCAGGAGCCCAAACUGCUGCCGGUGACUCUCUCUGUGCGCUACCCCCCCCAGGUCACCAUAUCCGGCUAUGAUGACAACUGGUACAUUGGCCGUAGUGAGGCCACCCUGAACUGUAACGUCCGCAGCAAGCCAGAGCCCACGGGCUACGACUGGAGCACGACUUCCGGUGUCUUCCCAGCCUCAGCAGUGGCCCAGGGCCCCAAGCUGAUCGUCCACUCAGUGGACCGGCUGUUCAACACCACCUUCAUCUGCACCGUCACCAAUGCCGUGGGCACCGGCCAAGCGGAGCAGGUGGUCCUCGUUCGAGAGACACCCAACACAGCCGGAGCAGGGGCCACAGGCGGCAUCAUUGGGGGCAUCAUCGCUGCCAUCAUCGCUACUGCUGUGGCCGCCACGGGCAUCCUGAUCUGCAGGCAACAGCGGAAGGAGCAGAGGCUGCAGGGGGCAGAGGAGGAGGAGGAACUGGAGGGACCUCCCUCAUACAAGCCACCGACCCCAAAGGCAAAGCUGGAGGAACCGGAGAUGCCCUCCCAGCUCUUCACCCUUGGGGCCUCGGAGCACAGCCCACUCAAGACCCCCUACUUUGAUGCUGGUGUCUCAUGUGCCGAGCAGGAAAUGCCCCGAUACCAUGAGCUGCCCACCUUGGAAGAACGGUCGGGGCCCCUGAUCCGUGGGGCCACAAGCCUGGGGUCCCCCAUCAUGGUGCCUCCAGGGCCACCUGCUGUGGAGAGGGUUUCCCUGGAUCUAGAGGAGGAGGAGGAGGAGGAAGACUAUCUGGACAAGAUCAACCCCAUCUACGAUGCCCUGUCCUACUCCAGCCCCUCUGAGUCCUACCAGGGCAAAGGCUUUGUCAUGUCCCGGGCCAUGUAUGUGUAAGCUGUCAUGGCCUUGCCCUUUCACCUCUCAUUUUUUGAUAUCUUAACUUUCUGCCAGGGAUCUAGGGUCCCUGACCUCGGGCCCAGCCACUGUCAGUUAGCACACAUGCAUCUCAUCUUUGACUUCUAUGUUGGUGGCUCCACUGUGACCUCUAAUCAAUGAUCUCUGAUUCAGAGAAAUUGGCCAUGACAAUGGAAACCUGAUAAUCUUAGGAGGGGCUGGAGAAGGUAGGUUUCUGCACAAACUCUUACCCAAGGAUUCCCCAGACAUAGACUAUACCUCUCACGACCCACCAUCUCCAGACUCCUCCCAAAUCCCAAAGAAGACCCCAGACCUGAUUUUUCCUCAGGCAGUAAUUCCUAAUAGCUCUGCUGGGCUGGGUGUUGGGGACAGCCUGCUGCUCAGACCUGAGCCCUCCAGGCGGCAGAGCCUCUCUCACCCAUUCCCCACCCUGUCCCCUAAAGGUGGAGGGAGGGGAUUCCCCAGCCUCCUGCAGGCAGGAGUCUCAGGGUACAGACCCUUCUUCCCUGUGCCCCCACUAUCCCAAUUCCUGUCUCCAGAGAAUUAAGCCCCAGCUCAGGGCUACAUGGGGUGAGCCUCAUGCAGAGUGUGCCUUGCUGAUGCCAGCCUUGGAAGAAGAAUUUGCUGUUACUUUGAAGACUACUGAGUCCUUUUACUCCGGCCCACUGGGAUUGGACCCAAGCAUCUCCCUGGGGGUUGGUGGGGGGAGUGGAUCACCUGGGGCAGGGAUAGGGGAUGUGAUUUUUUUUUUUUUUAACAUAGCAUUUCCUACAAAAUAUGAGUUUGUACUU